UACAGGGGCAAGGCACGGGUCAAGGUGGGAGAGGAGAGACCAGCCUGACAAGGACAAGGUCACGUCUCUCAGCACAAGAGAGGGGUUGAGAUCCAAGGACAGGACUGUCUUGUUAGUGACCACAAAGAAGGUCUUUUUGCAAUAUAGGAAAAGAAGAAGCUAGAUUAAUAAAGGAAGUUGCUGUCCACAAUGGGUGGGGAUGGGAAGGUUCCAAACCUUCUUCAGUCCACGAAAGGACACCAUCUCAGGAUCACUACUCAACACUCUCUGACUACUGAAUCCCCCACCUCCCCGAGACCAGCCAUACGGCUUCUCCUACCUUGACAUUCUGCUUGUCUCAUCUCCUGGAGGACAGCACAGCAUGGAGUGGGUCCUGAUGCUGCUGCUGCUGUCACUAACACCCGUGCAGGCUGGUAACUCAGCAGGAUUCACCCCAAAAAACCUUGCUGAGGUCAAACAAGAGAAACAUCUCUCUGGCUUCAAAGGCGGCUCCAUCCAAAUCCCCUUCUCCUUCUCCUACCCCUGGGAGUUGCCCAUGGAUCCCCAGGUGAGAAUAUUCUGGAGAUGGAAGCACUUCCAUGGAGAAUUUAUCUAUAACACAACCCCAUCAUUCACUCAUAAGGAUUUCUGGGACCGGCUCAGCCUGAACUGGACAAAGGGUCGGAACUCCGGCUUCCUCAGCAUCCAGAACCUGCGGAAGAAGGACGAGACGACGUACUUUUGCAGAGUCCAACUGAACACACUUAGAGAUGGCCAGCAGAUGUGGCAGUCCAUUGAGGGGACCGCACUCACCGUCACCAACGACCCCAUGACCACCGUGAAGACCACCACCAGUGUAGCCUCUGAAACCAUCACAGUUGGUCUCAAAGUCACAGCGGGCGAGAAGAGUUCAGAGUCUCAGCCCCUGAGCCUGGGAGCUGUAGUUGGGAUGGCAGUGGCCAUUGCUGUGCUUGUCACUGGGAUUUUGGGACUGAUGGUCUUCCUCAGGUGGAAAAGAAGGAAGGGCCAGUCAACUAAAGCCCAAAACCCAGCUAGGGAACUCUUCCAAAACACUGAGGAGAAACACGAGAAUACUGGGCACAAAGGACAACAUACAGACCCCAAAGCAAAUACCAAGGAUGAUGGCAUCAUCUACGCCUCUCUCACCCUAUCCGACUCCACUUCACCAGGACCACCUCCCUGCUCCACUCUCCCUAGGAACCCCCAGGAAGACACCCUAUACUCUAUCCUAAAGGCAUAAUGAGUUGAACUGAAUGAUGACCUUAAAAAUUUACCUACACUUCCAAUAGAAAGGAAUACAGAUUCCAGUAAUAGCCAAGGCAAGAGGCACACAACCCAGAAGUCAGAAAGUUUGAAGGCCAUAGAAGAAUUGAGAGAAACAGCCAUCUAUUCCAGUUUCCUGUUUAAUUUUCUAGCCCUUCCUCACAAAAAUAAAAAUACCCACAGAA